UGGGGCGUGGGGAGCCCAGCGCAGGCCGAGAGGUCGCGGGUCGGUGGCUUCAGAUCUGCCUGAAGCAACUACGAGAGUGCAGCGGUCUCGUUGGCGCCAUGUCGUUCUGCAGCUUCUUCGGGGGCGAAGUUUUCCAGAACCACUUUGAUCCGGGUGUCUACGUGUGCGCUAAGUGUGGCUAUGAGCUUUUCUCUAGCCGUGCAAAGUAUGCUCACUCGUCCCCAUGGCCAGCCUUCACUGAGACUAUCCAUCCCGACAGUGUGGCCAAGCGUCCAGAGCACAAUCGGCCUGAAGCUUUAAAGGCAAAGAAACUUCUGCCUCCCAGGGGAAGUAGGUGGGCAGCCCUCAGCCACCCCAGAUGGGUCCUACAUGGUGGCCACACACUGGCCACCCUAACUUGGAACUGGAACCCCAGACAUUCAGACAGGGAAGAGGGGCCAGCCAGCUGAAACAUCAGGAAGGCUCCCAAGGCCUUGGCUCUGCACUGGUUCUCCGUGGGAAAAGUAUGAGUGGGCCACUCAUGGCCCAUCUCCUGCUGCUGGGACGGGCUUGCAGGGCCCAGCUGUUAGCUCAUCUUGGCUUCAGAGAGGUGGGCUCUAAGUCUGGCUCAUCUGUGAGUGAUGCUGCGUCCCACCUUUACUCUCCUUAGUCCGGUACCCACUCCUUGCCUGUUGGGACUCACCCCUGUGGGGCCCAAUUGUAAGACAAACUUUUGCUCCCACUAAAGCUGGUGCCCAUCACCAUCAAGCUGUGCUAGGAGACAGAAUACAAAUGGGGGCGCUCCCAGCCGGCUGCUCCAGCCUCAGCCACUGCAUGAUUCACUCUGGUUAAACCCUUCUAGGCAGCCAGAGUGUUGAUGACUUGUGACCUGUGGCGGAAGCGGGCUGAGGGGUCGGAUAUCCGGUCUCUUAGUUACGAGAAGAGAAACCCUGAACUCUGUUUCACAAUCUGUGUGGCUGCUGCUUGCCUCACUCGGGCUUAGGAAAGCAUCUAUUGCUCCAUAACCUUGACUGUACACAGUGGGGGGCUGUGGAGCCCCUAGCCCACGGCCCACAUCCCACAGCCCUCACUGCUGCAGCUCUUGCAGUCUGGGAGGGUGGGUGAUGCUGAAGCCCUCCUUCCCGUCUUGAAGCCUCUUUGGAAUAAUUAGGAGACAAAUAAACCAAUGAAACCCA